AUCUUUACUUCUUCAAUCAACAAUGACGGCCAGAAUAUAUUCAAUUAUUAAACGUUCAGCAUAUCAGAAUGCAUUUCCUAAAAUUAAAACUACUCCAAAUAAUUUUUGGAAUAAAAUAACACUUGCACCAAGAGAUCCAAUUUUAUCCAUAAAUCAACUUUAUCAACAAGAUCCUAAUCCAAAAAAAAUUAAUCUAUCAAUCGGUACAUAUCGUACGGAAAACAAUGAAUCAUAUGUAUUUCCUACUGUAAGAAAAGCAGAAAAAAUUGUUUUCAAUGAUUGUUCCAAUCUCGAUAAAGAAUAUUCACCAAUGGAAGGUUUUAUGCCAUUCAAUCGUGAAGCAUUUAGAUUAUUGUUUGGUGAUGAUUUUGGUUCGUUGGAAAAAUCUAGUAUAACCGUACAAACAUUAGCCGGAACCGGUGCCUUAGAUCUGGGUGCUGCAUUUUUAUCGAAAUUUUUUCAAGGACAUAAACAAGUAUCGAUUUCAAAUCCAUCAUGGAUUAAUCAUUAUUUUAUAUUUCGAAAUUAUAAUUUUAAUAUACAUUCAUUUCGUUAUUAUGAUUAUCAACGAAAAACAUUUGAUGAAAAUGGUUUUUUUGAUGAUUUAAAAAAUCUUCCAAAUAAUUCGGUUAUUUUGUUUCAACCUUGUGGACAUAAUCCAUCGGCUAUCGAGCUAAAUCUGGAUCAAUGGAUGAUGGUAUCCAGAAUAGUAAGAGAUAAAAAUCUAUUACCAUUUUUCGAUAUUGCCUAUCAUGGUUUAUGUUCGGGUAAUAUUGCUGAUGAUGUUAAUCCAAUACGUUUGUUUGCCGAACAUGGCCAUAUGAUGCUUGUAUCACAAUCAUUUUCAAAAAAUAUGAGUAUCUAUUGUGAUAGAGUUGGAUCAUUAACCGUUGUUUGUGAUUCUGAACAAGAAGCAUAUCGUGUACAAUCACAAUUGAAAAAUAUAAUCAUUUCAAAAUAUAUUUGUCCACCAAUUCAAGGUGGACGACUUGUUGCAUCGAUCCUUACAGAUUCAACAUUGAAACACGAAUGGAAAAAAGAUCUGCAGCGAAUUUCUCAACGAUUAUUGUUGACAAGAAAACAAUUACAAUCAAAAUUAAUGGAAACGUGUCCGGCGAAUGAUCAUCAAUGGCGUACAAUUACUGAACAACGCGGUAUUUUUUGGUAUUCCGGUUUAACAUCAUUACAAGUUGAAACAUUAAUCAAUGAUUAUAGUAUUUAUCUUUGUGAAGAUGGUCGUGUUAAUAUAGCCGGUUUAAAUCGAACAAAUAUGGAUUUGUUUGUUAAUGUUUUGAGCCAGAUUCUAAACAAUUCAUAAAUUGUAAUUUUUUUU